AUGGCGGUCGUGGUGCCCCGCGCGCUCCUUGCGUUGCUGCUGCUAUCGGUUAGCGGCCUGGUCGCCGCACAGCGAGAUUGCUACGGCGCUGUGGUGGAGGUCACGGUGCUUUCCGACGAUGACUCCACGCCCCUGGAUGCCUUCUACGGCUACCCGGGGCCCUUUGGGAUGGCCCUGAACGACACAGCCACCGAGCAGUACCCCGUGGCGGUUGCCGACCCGGUCAACGCCUGCGGCAAGGUGGCGCAGGCGCCCACGCCCGGCGCCGCCGCCGUGGUCGCCCGCGGCAACUGCAGCUUUGCGGACAAGGCGUGGGCGCUGCAGCGGGCUGGCUACGGCGCGAUGCUGCUAUUCAACAAUGAGGAAGAGUGUGUGCUCAUGUCGGCCAACCGCACCGAGGCGCAGGGCCUGACCCUGGCGGUGGCCAGCUUGACCCAGGAGACCGGCGCCCUGCUGCAGCAGCUGCUGGCGGAGCACGCGGCGGGCGGCUCCGCGUGA